CUCACGCGUUCUGGGGAUUGUACUUGGAGACCAGGGAGGAGCACUUUACCAUUUCAUCCUACCGAGUUAAGAGUGAACUCUAACCAGCUGGCUUGUCGUUCUUGUUUUUUUUAAUACCCUUUUUAAGUGCGGACCGGCAGAAAACGCACUCCUCCUCGGAGUCCAUCGGACAGCCGUGCGUAAAGACACUCUCGCUCCAAAUCGGUUUUACGCACCGGAUCAAAAGAUAAUCAGUCGCCGUUUUUCCGUGCAGUUCUAGAAGUUAAAAGACCAAAUUUUGACCAGAAAAAGGUGGUCCGUUUAGAGACGUUUGACCUGUCACGAGAAAGCCGAAGAAACUUCUCCGUUUCAAUCGUAAUUUGGCCCCAACCCGUUUUUCGUAUGAAUCUCCUCGACCCUUACCUGAAGAUGACGGAGGAACCAGACAAGUGUCUCUCCGACGCCCCGAGCCCCAGCAUGUCCGAGGACUCCGCGGGAUCUCCGUGCCCGUCCGGCUCGGGCUCCGACACGGAGAACACCCGGCCUUCUGAGAACGGGCUACUCGGUCUUGAUGGAGAGUUUAAGAAGGAUGAGGACGAUAAGUUUCCCGCUUGCAUCCGCGAGGCUGUGUCCCAGGUGCUCAAGGGCUACGACUGGACUCUCGUGCCUAUGCCAGUGCGCGUUAACGGGUCCUCCAAGAACAAGCCUCACGUGAAAAGACCGAUGAAUGCCUUCAUGGUGUGGGCGCAGGCUGCGCGCAGGAAGCUGGCUGAUCAGUACCCUCACCUGCACAACGCGGAGCUCAGCAAAACUCUGGGGAAACUCUGGAGACUUCUCAAUGAAGGCGAGAAGCGGCCGUUUGUGGAGGAGGCCGAGCGGCUGCGGGUGCAGCACAAGAAGGACCACCCCGACUACAAAUACCAGCCCCGGCGGAGGAAGUCCGUGAAGAACGGCCAGAGCGAGUCGGAGGACGGCAGUGAGCAGACGCACAUUUCCCCCAAUGCCAUCUUCAAAGCUCUCCAGCAGGCGGACUCCCCGGCCUCCAGCAUGGGAGAGGUGCACUCACCGGGUGAGCACUCAGGCUCCCAGGGGCCCCCUACUCCUCCCACCACCCCAAAGACUGAUGUCAGCUCGAGCAAGAUGGACCUAAAGCGAGAGGGUGGCAUCCGCUCUCUGUCCGACGGCACCGGCGGCCGCCAGCUCAACAUCGACUUCCGCGACGUGGACAUCGGCGAGCUGAGCAGCGACGUCAUCUCCCACAUCGAGACCUUCGACGUCAACGAGUUCGACCAGUACCUUCCGCCCAACGGGCACCCCGGCUCAGCGGGCGGCCCCGGCAGCUCCGCGCCGGUCGCUUACACCGGCAGCUACAGCAUCAGCGGCGGCGGCCCGGUGAGCCCGCAGGCGGCAUCUGCCGCGGCUUGGCUGGCGAAAAGCCAGAACCAGCAGGGACAGCAGCAGCAGCAUUCUCUGACCCCUCUGGGGGGAGGGGGCGCCGAGCACCGGACCCAGAUCAAGACGGAGCAGCUGAGCCCGAGCCACUACACCGAGCAGCAGGGCUCCCCGCAGCACGUGGCCUACAACAGCCCCUUCAACCUGCAGCACUACAGCCCCCCGUCCUCCGCCUACCCGGCCGCCAUCUCCAGAGGGCAGCAGUACGACUACGCCGACCACCAGGGGGGCGGGGCCGCCGGCUACUACAGCCACGCGGGGGCGGCGGCGGCAGCGGCGGGGCAGGCCUCGGGGCUCUACUCGACUUUCAGCUACAUGAGCAGCCCCAGCCAGAGGCCCAUGUACACGCCGAUAGCCGACAACACGGGGGUGCCGUCCAUCCCGCAGAGCAGCCCGCAGCACUGGGAGCAGGCGCCGGUCUACACCCAGCUCACCAGGCCUUGAGGGCCACGCAGAUGUGACAAGCAGAACACUUUACUUCGGGAGCGGGGGGGGGGGGAUCCAUGAACCAGACACUUGAAUGAAGAAGAGGAGAGCUUGUGAUUGGCUCACGUCGUGCCUUGCUAUUCUAUCUUAAUUGGAACUUUUAUAUAUAUAUAUUUUUAGAGAGAUGGAGAGACUUAGGAAAAUCCUCUGUGAGGACUUAUUGAUUGUUGAUAUUGCAGUAGGUACUGCGUCUGUUAUAUUUUUGGUUUGAAUUCUUCACCACGCCGCCGGCAGUAACCAAUGGGGGGGGGGGUGGGGAGUCCUGGAUAAUUAUUUCUACAUGUAAAUAUAAAAAUGCUUUAUAUUUGACACAGCUCAGCAGCUCCCCACUCAUGGUAGCGCGCAUUCUAGAUGUUGCUUCUCUUCGCUCUUCCCUGGGGAAUCGUGUGAGGGGGCAGGGGGGGGGGGGGGGGGGGGGCUGCAGCCCUUUCCGCCAUCAGUGCCUUGGAGUUUUACACUUUCUUUGUAUGCGUGUUUGUGCAUGUGUGCGCCCGACAGCCACAGCUGAGAUUACACUUACCGUCCAGCAGCGUGUUUUUGACAGCUACAGGAAGUCACCUUUGACCCCCCCCCCCCCCCCCGGGCCCCUCCUCCUCGGGUGCCCCCCUCCCCUCAGUCUCCCACCAUGGUGGUGUCCAAAACAUUCCCUUCACCCCUUGGACCCAGUUUGAAACUUUAUUUAUUUAUUAGCUUUAAUUUUAUUUCAAAGUAAUUAUUAUUUUGCAUACUAUUCUUAUAACUAAUGUCCUCUUUGCCAAUGUACACAGCAUAUCAUUUCCCCCUUUUUUGUUUCAAUUUUGAAUUCCCACCCAGGAGGUACUGAGACAAAAUGGUACAGGCCGUAAUCGUCUUUUUCUGUUUAUUUAUGUUAUCUAAAUGUAUUUGCCUUUUUCCUGGGGGUUUGGGUGGGAUUAUCUAACGAUUUGUGUACGGAUUAUUUGUUAUUUUUCUAAGUUGGACUUUUAUAAUGGCUGAUAGAACUGGAAAAUGUUCAUCUCUGUUACAAGCUUUAUACACUUUUUCUCUUUCUUGUUCUUUGGUUUGUGCGAUUACCGGAGAGACCUUUUGCUCUCAAAAGUUCUUUGUCCUUUUCGCUUAGGAACAAAGAACUCAUGUUCACAGUACUCUUUGCUUUCCCUUUUUCUGUGAUCUUGCCUUGUAUUUGUACGGUCUUUAAAGACUCUUUUGUAUAUGUAUUUGCAAUAAAAGAGAAAAUGCUAUUAAAAACAAAAGGUAAAUUUGCGA